AUGGCCAAUUUGCCUGCCGUCGUGAUAAAUAGCAGCUGGGCGCUGUCUGGAGAGGUAUCAUAUCAGACGGAUGUCAACGAUACACACCACAACCGUCGGAAUGACAGCAUGGCGUCAGUGUCCGAGGUCGUAAACUACGGUAUUAUAGUGUUCGGUGUGUUUGUAAUCACUGCCACCAUUCUAGGAAACAGCUUAGUUAUAUUAGCUAUAAUUGUCGAUAAGAAAUUGAGACGUGUUGGAAACAUAUUUAUUGUGAAUUUAGCAGUUAGUGACAUUUUAGUUGGUGCUAUUGUCUCACCCCUCUCGCUCGUUUAUCAGAUAACGGGCGAAUGGCCCUUUGGACGGCAACUAUGUGAUUUUUGGAUCUCUGUGGAUAUCAUCUGCUGUACAGCUAGUAUUCUUAAUCUGUGUGUUAUUAGUUAUGACCGCUAUAAUGCUAUAUCACAACCGCUGAAAUACGCUAAACACAGAACAACUCGGCGCGCGCUUUUGCUUGUAACUUUGGUGUGGUUGUACUCGUGUGGAAUUGCAUUGCCCCCUUUACUUGGUUGGAGAAAAACAACAGAAGCGACGUCACAUGGUCUCAAGAAAUGUCAAAUCACUCAAAAUUUGGGAUAUACAUUUUACUCAACAAUAGGAGCUUUUUACUUGCCACUGUGUAUCAUGGUGUGUUUUUAUACUCGUAUCUUUUUUGUGACUAGCAGCAGAGGAAAACAGUGGGUAAGAGGGCCGGGUUCAAGCUGCCGAAUCCAACGCCGGAGAUCUCGCAACAGACGAGACAACGAUAAUAAUAACACGGUAUGUUGUUUACUUUGUCCUUGUCGAUCUAAACAAGAAAGUGAAAGUAGUAAAUCUGUAACGACUCAGACAGACCGUACCCAUGCUAGGAACUUUUCUCUGUCUUCUAGUAUUAGAAGAAGCACAUUUGAUUAUUCGUCCACGGCUCAAUCCGACCUUCAUCGCAAGGCAGUGAUGUUCUCCCCUCGUGCUAGCACAGCGAGUACCAGUGCAGGUGAAGUGGUGCUCGAGAUCACACAGGGCCGUAGAAAACAAACAAUUCAGCGAAGAUUGUAUCGCCAGAUCUCAAAUCCAAACAGUGAUUCAAGUUACACGACAUCCACGACAACCUCGACUACUGCUGAAACGUCGUUCUCGGAGUCCUCAUCUGCUGGCUCGGAUAACCGUACAACGAGACGCGCUUCAAAUGUAAUAUAUAACUUAUUAGCUGCUAACAUUAUGGCUGCAGAAAUUCUUCGGGACAGUGUAAAAGGAGUACAAUUUGCACCUCAACAUCGUUCGCCUUUACUCAUAGAGGAGGCUAUAACACCGGAACCGUUAAUUCCUAAAGAACCUGCGCGCGCAACUCGCCGGAAGCGGAAGAAUUUGUCACUUCCUCAUGAAAAACGUGCUGUUAAAACACUUGGAAUUGUUGUUGGUUGUUUUAUUUUCUGUUGGCUCCCGUUUUUCGUUGUUACUGUUAUCAUACCCCUGUGCCAAAACUGUGAAGUGAGCCCAAUCGUUACAGGUAUAGUGCUGUGGUUAGGAUAUUGUAAUUCUGCCUGUAAUCCAAUUAUAUACACCUUCUUCAACGAAGAUUUUCGACGUGCCUUCAAAAAGCUGACCACAUGUGGAAAGUCUGUUUCGUCACCUAUAUAUUUAUGAGACAUUUCGGUUUAGAGAGAACUGUUUAAAGUUGCUGGAACGACGGUUUUUUACUGCAAUAAGUUGUACAUAGUUAUAAAGUAAGAAUUGCAUUUUUUGUUGGUGUAUUAUGUAAAUAUUUAUGAUAAAUCGCUA